GUAAAUUUGUAUUUUAUUUCAAUGCCAGCAAAAUCUUUUUCUCUAAUGAUUAACCAUUUAAGCGAAAAUGUUUAGAACUAAAUCUUUAAUGGAAGCAACUAUAUCGAAGUAGACUUAAACCGAAACAUUAAAUGGCAGGAAGGAUGAGUAUGAAAUUAAAUGAAUCAAACAAAUCCAAUAUGGCGUUGAUUCAUAACAGCGAGUGUAUUGGAGUGUAUAGUGUAAUAUUUAAUUAAAAUAUUUACCAACAAGCAUGUGACAGUGAAUUAAAAAUAAAGGAAAAUUGAAAAAAUUAUUUCGUCAUUCAAUAUUGUUGGUAAAUACACUUGUCUCACGCUAUUUAUCAUAAGUAUAUUAAAAACAACAGAUUCAUAUCAUCUGACAAUAAUAAAGAGCGACAAAAUGCAAGAGGAGAAAAGUAAUUACUGUAUGGGACAGAGCAUUACGUCAUUAGCAGCCAGGAAAACUUCACUGUGAUGCUACGAGGACAAUUGUUUUAUGGCCAGGUCAUAUGAAUCACAAGGUUAGAGGUUCAUUAGCUAAGAGAAUGCGUUCUGAGUAGUGUCGGCGAGUGCGCGCCGUUUCGAUAACGGAGGAGUUUUGUUGACUUGUCUGAUAGGAAUCCGGUAGUGAGUAAUCGAUGAAAUGAUUGAGAGUGUAUCGCGUCGCGCGUUCAGUAGUUCAAGUGGUACAUACAACGUGCGCGCAUCAGAACUGGCGCGAGAGCGUAAGCUGAACAUAUUUAAUGUCACCGUACAAUUUUUGGACGAAACCCAGCAGUCGUUUCAAAUCGAGAAAAAAGCAAAAGGCAGUGUCCUACUAGAAUUAGUUUUUCAACAUUUAGAAUUAGUUGAAAAAGAUUACUUUGGUCUGCAGUUUACGGAAAAUGGAUCACCACCAAGUGCCACAAAUAGUGAAAUAACGCGUUGGCUCGACAGUGGUAAAUCAGUGAAGAAGCAAGUUGGUGUUAAUGCUCAGUUCUGGCUCGCUGUACGUUUCUAUCCGCCUGAACCGAGCCGUUUGUCCGAAGAGUUUACAAGAUACCUCCUUUGUCUACAACUACGUAAACUAUUAUUGGAUGGUAGGAUGACGGCGCCCAAGAAUACAGCAUUGUUACUAGCUUCAUUCACUGUGCAAGCUGAAUUAGGUGAUUAUAAUGCGACUGAACAUGGAAACGGGUAUCUGUCAUCACUUCGUUUACUGAACCGUCAAUGUGCGGAGGAUGAGAGACGUAUACGAGAGUUACACAAAUUGCACCGGGGACAAUCACCUGCUGAUGCUGAGGCUAACUUCCUAGAACAUGCUAAGAGAUUGGACUGCUACGGUGUGGAGUCACAUCCCGCUAAGGAUUACAAUGGAAAGGACAUAUUUAUUGGUGUGACGUCAAUUGGUAUCGUCGUAUUUCAAAACACAAUCCGCGUCAACACUUUCUCUUGGAGCAAAAUCGUCAAGAUCUCAUUCAAGAAGAAACAGUUCUUUAUACAACUCAAACGGGAACCUUCGGAGUCGUACGACACGGUGUUGGGCUUCAACAUGCAAUCGAGUCGUGCUGCCAAAGCUCUGUGGCGCUGCAGUGUGGAGAGACACGGCUUCUUCAGACUGAGGGCGCCGCGACGUCGCCCACUGCUGGGACUUACAGCACUGGGCCUGGCCGCGCCCACCCUCGCCCGCACUGAGACACAGGCUCUGGAGGAUGCUAGGCGAUCUAGAUCUUCUAAUAGAAGCUUCGUUAGACGUAGUAGUUCUCGUACCCGCGAGCGGUCUAACGGCGCGUGCGCUCCCUCGCCCGCACUGACAGGUCCGCGCGGCGCACGCGUCACACACCACGAGCCGCCGCCCAAACCCGCAUGGGGAGAACAACCUGCUGAUGAAGAAAGUGGCGGUGACAUACUAGAGAGUGUGCUGCGUGUCCCCCUCUCAUACGCGGAUGAGUCGGAGUCUUCCUCAUGUGGGGGAGGGGAGGGUGUGUGUGAGGGGGAGGGUGAGGGUGGUGCGGGGGGUGCGGUGUGUGUGCAGCUGGCGGCGGGUGCGGACGGUCGCUUCGGGUUCAACGUGCGUGGGGGAGGGGGCGCCCCCGUCCUCGUGUCUAGAGUCGCCCCCCGGACUAGAGCUAUGCUGCAAGAGGGGGAUCAGGUGAUGUCAAUAAAUGACAAAGAUGUUGAUGAAAUGACGCACGACGAAGUUGUACAGAUGAUAAGAAAUACCAAAGGAGUAUUGACAUUGAUCGUUAAACCCAAUGCGGUGUACUCAGCGGAAGAAACACUAGGUACAGAGGAACCAGAAGCAUGUUUCGUACCGUUGGUGGGGGGCAGCAUGGGGGGGAGGGCGGCGGAGCAGUCGCUGCUACUGCUGGGAGACGGUCUGGCUUCAGGAGCUGCGCUGCGUCAAUACGAAGCUCUAGUACGUCGUCUGGACUACCCUGCCACUGCAGCAAAACGACAGUGUAACCUUGCUAAGAAUAGAUACAGGGAUAUUGCGCCUUAUGAUUCUACCCGUGUUGUGCUAAAGAACGGACCAACAGGCGAUUACAUUAAUGCUUCAUAUAUUAAUAUGGAAAUACCUAAUUCUGAUGUUGUGUUGACAUACAUCGCUACACAAGGUCCAUUAGCAUCAACAGUGGGAGAUUUCUGGCAGAUGGUGUGGGAGAGUGAGAGCAGUCUGAUUGUGAUGCUGACGGUACUGGCAGAGCGAGGUAGAGCCAAAUGCCACCAGUACUGGCCCAAAGUUGGCACCGGACCACUCAGUGCUACAGACUCUCUCACAGUUCUCACUCAUAGUGAACAUAAUCUGGGCUAUUAUGUGAGAAGAGAGAUGACCAUUAAGGAUGCUGAUGGUGCGUCUCGUAAUGUGACACAGCUGCAGUAUACCGCAUGGCCGGACCACGGUGUGCCGGAGGAUGCUGCAGCAUUCAUCUCCUUCACACAGCUCUGCUCAAAGCUACGCAACCAUCGAGCUGUGAUGCCGAGUUCAGACGAGGAGAUGUGCUCUGAGAGAUCAGAGCGCGUGUUGGAGCCGCCGCUGGUGGUGCACUGCUCUGCUGGUGUAGGACGUACUGGUGCCCUGGUGCUGGCGGAGACAGCGCUGCAGCUGCUCCUCACACACCAGCCCCUGUACCCGCUGGACCUGGUGCGGGCGAUGCGCGCUCAGCGACCUAUGUGUAUACAGAAUGCUAGUCAAUAUAAAUUUGUAUGCGAGAGUAUACUCUCUGCGUACGCACAAGGUUUGACUAAACCUGAACAAGAGCAGGACUGAUCCUCUGCCUUGCCAAGAUUGUGUUGUCUAAACUUUUACCAGUUAGUGUAAAAAAGUGUGGUGUGAUGUAUAGUUUAGUGAAAAUGUACUUUAAACGUAAUCUUUUACAGUGUUUUUCCACUGCAGUGAUAUGUAUUACAUAUAUUGUUGUCUCUGUUUAGUCAAAGAGAAAUGAAAAGGAUAAUUUAUACAAAUAUCCGCAGUGA